GUUUCCCCCAUCUGUAAAGUGGGGGUUAUGAUGCUGGCUGAAGUGCCCUAAAGGAGGAUGAGACAGUGCUUCGAACGUGCAAAGGGCCGAUUAUUAGUCGUCUUAUUGGGCUGCGGUGUUGCCCUGCUGUCCAGCCCAAUUGCAAUUGCAUUCUGCCUCCUUAAAUUCCUCCUGCAGUUUCACUUGGGUACAGCCUUCUCCUUCCCUUCCUGCCCUAAAACUGGGGGGCAGCGUGACUGUUGAGCAGCUGCUGCGUUCCACCCCAGAAGCUGCUGCAUUUCAGAAUGUCUGGGUGAAGCGAGGCUCAGAUGCUUCAUUUGGGUGCAUUCGCAAAGCCCUCUGAGCUGAAAAGCACCGUAGACGUCUCAGGUAUUUUUAGCAGCGGCGGUGGGUGACAUCCGAGUGGGUACACAGAUCUGAUAAGUAACGUUGAGGCGGCAGGCAGGGCGUGGAGGGAGAUGGGACCUUCCCAUGGCACACGCCUGGUCAGGUUCAUUCACACAUGCCUUGUGGCAGUUUGUGUGACAAACACAGGCUAUGAGACAAUCCUGGCCCUGAAGGGCUGAUAGAUCAGAAUGGCAAGGGACUGUAGGGCCAGAUUUUCAGAGCACCCACUUGGCAAAUCUGAUUUGUGCCUGGUCCUAGAACCAAAGCCCUUGGUCUAAUCUCGACUCGUCAGGUUGAGCCUCAUUUUGGUGGGUCUUUAUAUAAAAAAACACCUAAGGGACCUUGCCAUUCCCCUGCUGCCCUUAAACCCUUUGCAGGUCCUCCCUCAUCUUUGCACAGUCCCAACCCAACACCUGUUUCCUGAUUCCAGCACCCCCUCCCUCCACCUGUACGGAGCCAGGCACUCCAGACUUUGUGGCCUGUGGUCCAUUCACAGAUUAUCAGCCCGGGAGGUAUGUGGCAGCUGAGCGCAGCAGGUCACCCCCAAGGUAGGAGGGUAAAGAAGGGGAUCUGCCCUCAUGAGCUGCCUGCAUAGGGACUGAGUCACUGCUGGCCACGUGUAGGAAACACUGAGGAAGCAGAAUGAGGCGGGGUAGUGGGGGAGGAUGGAGGUUGCACUCUGAACCCCGGCUGCCUGGCAGCUCCCAGCUCAUUAGCUGUCAGAGGAAAGUUGCAUUUGUCAUUGGAAGAAAGGCAAAAGAACUCGUAGUGGUUUUUCUCCACCCAGAGUAAGAGUGACUCUGGGCCCUUCUCCAGCAUUUUCUACUCAAGAAUCUUAAAGUGCUUCAUGGGCAUUGGGGAGUCAAGACUGAAAAUCCCGUCUGAGGUGGGGGGGCUCCGAGCUGGAGAUGAAGGUGGUGGCCUGACACUAAGGGCCAUUCCAUUCACGAGAGGGACCCCCGGCAAUGGGCAGCCACGAGAAGGAGCUGGCCUCCCCCCGGAGGGCGCCGGCGCCGUCCAGGUCCAACAGCACCGUGUCUUCCAAGCACAGCAGCGCUCACCAGGGCUCUGAGUGCUGGGAGGUGGUGGACGAGCCCCAGGGCAGGAUCGGGCUCAGCCAGGAGCUGGAGCGGCACGAGGGAUACCUGCUGAAGAAGAGGAAGUGGCCCCUGAAGGGCUGGCAUAAGAGAUACUUCGUGCUGGAGGAGGGGAUCCUGAAAUAUGCCACCACGCGCCAGGAUGUCCUCAAGGGCAAGCUGCAUGGCUCUGUCGACGUCCGUCUGGCCGUCAUGUCCAUCAACAGGAAAGCUCAGCGCGUGGACCUGGACACGGAGGAGAACAUCUACCACCUCAAGAUCAAAUCCCAAGAGCUCUUUACUAGCUGGGUGACCAAGCUGUGCUCCCACCGCCUGACGGAGAAGCCCCAGUGCCCGGCUCCCACAGGGGGCCCAGCCAGGCGAGUCCUGCCCUCCGCCGAGGGCUAUGGCUCCCGGAACUGCGUCCUGCCGUCGGAUGGCACCCCAGCCCUGUCCACGGUGACCAGCCCCCGGGACAAGGUGAACGCCUGGCUGAAGGACAGCGAGGGGCUGGAUAGGUGCUCAGCAGAGCUCUCUGAGUGCCAGGGGAAGCUGCAGGAGCUGAACAAGAUGCUCCAGAGCCUGGAGACCUUGCACCGCAUCCCGUCCACACCCCUCAUCUCCAACAGCCAGACCUCAGCAGCUGUAGAGAGACCCAGAAAGGGGAAGCGAACCACCAGGAUCUGGUGCACUCAGAGCUUUGCCAAAGACGACACCAUUGGCAGGGUGGGCCGUCUGCACGGCUCUGUCCCCAACCUCUCACGCUACCUGGAGUCGAGCCAGAGCCAGCCGGCCUUCAGCCUCCCCCCAGAGUACAGCCAGCUGCAGAGGAGCUUCUGGAUCCUGGCCCAGAAAGUGCACGAGUCCCUCAGCAGCGUGGUGGCCGUGCUGACCGCGGAGAGGAAUUGCCUCCAGGAGACGCGGCGGGCGCUGGAUUUACAACACUGGGCAGGCGGUGCCAGGAACGCAGCCGCGGCUGGGGCUCCCUCACACAACCCGGACCACGCGGAGUAUCUGCGGCGUUUCCACUCCCUCUCCAUCUCCUCUGAUGCCACGCUCGACUCGUUCACCUCGCUGCACCCGGACGAGCCUAACACCCACCUGGCCAAGGGACAGGAGAAGCAGCUGUCCAACCGCAGCAUCAUCUCGCUCUCAGACUCUCACACCGAGUUCUUCGACGCCUGCGAGGUCUUCCUGUCCGCCAGCUCCUCCGAGAACGAGGGCUCUGACGACGAGAGUCCUGGCAUGAGCGAGGCCACCAACAGCCUCUCCGACGAGGCCGGGGGACAGGGCUUCCAGAGAGCAGGCCGAGGCGCGGCGGACAGGGGGUCUGCGCCGUGCACGUCCGAGCCGGGAGCGGGGGCGCUACCAGCUCCCCUGCCCCUGCCCGUGCUGCUGCCCAUGAGGCUCCCGCGCCGGAGCUGCCUGCCAGCCCCCAGCAUCCCCGCCGGUGACGUCAGCCUGUGGAACAUCCUGCGUAACAACGUGGGCAAGGACCUGUCCAAGGUGUCCAUGCCGGUGCAGCUCAACGAGCCGCUCAACAUGCUGCAGCGGCUCUGCGAGGAGCUGGAGUACAGCAUCCUGCUGGACGCCGCCAGCCGCUGCGCCGACCCCUGCGAGCGCCUGGUCUGCGUCGCUGCCUUUGCUGUCUCUGCCUACGCCUCCACCUAUUACCGUGCAGGCAGCAAACCCUUUAACCCCGUCCUGGGCGAGACAUAUGAGUGCGUUCGGCCAGACAAAGGCUUCCGCUUCAUCAGCGAGCAGGUUUGCCACCACCCGCCCGUCUCCGCCUGCCACGCAGAGUCAGACAACUUCAUCUUCUGGCAAGACAUGAAGUGGAAAAAUAAAUUCUGGGGCAAGUCCCUGGAGAUCGUCCCCGUGGGGACCGUGAACGUCAAACUGCCCAGGUUCGGGGACCACUUCGAGUGGAACAAGGUGACAUCCUGUAUCCACAACAUCCUGAGCGGGCAGCGCUGGAUCGAGCACUACGGCGAAGUCCUGAUCCGCAACGUCAGGGACAGCAGCUACCACUGCAAGAUCACCUUCUGCAAGGCCCGUUACUGGAGCUCCAGCGUGAAUGAGGUGCAGGGGGCCGUGCUGAGCCGCGGGGGGCAGGUGAUCCACCGGCUCUUCGGCAAGUGGCACGAGGGGCUAUACCGCGGCGCGCCCCCGGCCGGGCAGUGCCUCUGGAAACCCAACCCCAUGCCCCGAGAGCUCGAGAAGAACUAUGGCUUCACGCAGUUCGCCCUGGAGCUGAAUGAGCUGACGCCGGAGCUCAAGCAUUUCCUGCCGUCCACGGACACGCGGCUGCGCCCUGACCAGCGGUAUCUGGAGGAAGGCAACGUGCAGGCGGCAGAGUCCCAGAAGCGCCGGAUCGAGCAGCUGCAGAGAGAUCGGCGCAGGGUCAUGGAGGAUAACAACAUCUUCCACCAGGCGCGUUUCUUCAGGCAGCAGACGGACCCUGGCGGCACGGAGUCCUGGGUCAGCAAUGACACCUACUGGAAGCUGCGGGCAGAGCCCGGCUACGCCAACCUCGACAGCCCCGUGCUGUGGUAGCAGCGGGCAUCCCGGGGGCCGCCCUGCCUUCCAGGCACGUAGGGACUAGUGGGCAGGGUCUGGGGGCACCACAGCGCUGGACAUAUGCAAGGAGGGCAGGGCACUGGGUCCCAGCCACCCCCUCCGGGGUCUGCUGGGACGUUAGGCCAGGUGCCUCUGCAGUGCCCCCCAGCGGACAGGGUGUGAAAGGUGUCCUGGCCCUUCCCGGGUCCACCCUGCUCCCAUCCCAUCCCCAUUGCUGCUGUCUGCUGGCCGGACAGCUUGCCACCGCUGGCACCUUGGAGACUGCUGGGGUUGCCAUCCCCAUGCACGUAUUUCUGCCUUCCCCCCACGGGGGGCACCAUGAUCUGGCGGGUGGGUGGGAGGAAGCUUUUAUUUUUCAAAUUCUUUGUAUUAAUUUAAACAAAACUUUGCAGACAGGGGCCUGAAUCCGGGCGGGUGAACUGCAGCAGAUGGGACUGUGUGCAUAGCAGGGGCCCAGAUCUUCCUGCACGGAAAAGCCAUUCCUCAGCAUAGCCCUGGCCUUGGAGCCGGGAGCAGCCAGGCGAUGACCUGAGUAGCUAUGUUACCUAAUGGUUGGACCCAGGACUCCUGGGUUCCAUUCCCAGCUCCAGGACGGGAGUGGAGUCCAGGGGUUAGAGCUGAGGAGAUUUGGGAUGGUUUGGUUCCAGGCUCAUCCAGGGCUGUACGGAUGGGUGAGGAGUGGGGCAGGACAUAGGCGUUAAUGACGGUCCGUAGAGACCUCGUUCACCCAUCUGUUGCAGGGAUGGCGUGUUCGGUGCUGGUGAGCUGGGAGUUGUUCCCCUUGGGCCCCUGAAUCUGCUCAGGGCCUUUGGCAGCCCUUUUCUCCCAUUUUUGGGAGGCCGCGGGGGGCAGGUUCAGAAAGCACCCCUGGGGCUCUGAUGCUUUGGGGGGUGUUCUGGGCAGUAGCUGCUGGAGUGCUCCUGUUACUUACCCGCAGGGGGCACUGUGGAGCUUGGAGGAAGGCGGCCAGCAUGGGGGGCAGGGAUCCCCCGUGUGGCUUCGGGUCAGCCUGCUGGUGGGCAGACCCCGCGCUCUCCCUCCAGGCCCCGUCGGGCUGGGUUUGGCCAUUUCUUUGAUCAAACAUUCUACACCUCUAAUAAAGGAUCCGGAAGAGCCUGA